AGUAUGAGCGAAAAUGAAUCAUUUCCCGGUUUAAACGUGUUUGAAGAACUUCUUGACGACGCCGAACAAGAAGUUUCGGAGAAUAAAGAGAAUCCAGAGAAAUCAAAGAAACAGGAGAUCGAUGAAUUAUGCGAAUUUAUUGGAGGAUUUGAAAAAUGGCCAGUUCUUACUGAUGACUGUAAAAUUGAAGUUGUAAAAUAUUUGGAUUUAUGGUCGAGAUGUAAACUUUCCAUUUGCUCAAAAUCGGAUUACGAAAUAGUGAACAAGACAGCUCUUAAAUUGGACUGCAUUGAUAUUCAAGACAAUGAAACAUGGCAUUAUGAGCUCAGCAAGGAGGACUUUGACAACGUAACGAUUCGUCUUCAGUUUUCCUUUGAUUUUGCUACCUGUAAAACAUACAACCUAAUUUUUUCACAACUUGGUGAAGAUGUUCAAAUGCGGCGGGUACAUUAUUAUCGGAAUAGCAAGCCAAGAAUCAGCACCGUAAUCAACUCUUGUAAUUAUUACGAAGCUGCUGUUAGAUUUGCUGAAAGUUGGUUGAAGAGAAGUCGUUUUGAAGUCAAAGAAAUCAGAGUGGAAAUGUCAAAGUAUCCAACUGAUACUAGUCAAAUCGAGUCACUACCUUUAUGUAAGAACGUUCGUGUUGGAUCAGAUGACAUUAAUGUCUAUCGUUGGUGGCUUCGAAGAGUACCCGAAGACCUGAACAGCCUUAAACUUAUCAGACUUGAGGAAGAUAGAAAAGUUUUUACAAUACCAACGGAUUUGCUUGAGCUACCUCACGUAAUGAAUGUUUCAUCGUUCUACUUUUACUGCAGAGCUGCUUUCACAGAUGAACAAUUUCUCAGGCUGAAAGCACAAUCGAUGAGUUUUGACUGUAUCUAUAUUACGGAUGGGUGUAUCAAUGAGUUUUUGAAGAGAUGGAUAAACGGGAAAGGCAUUGAUGGUUUCCGGCAAGUGUUUUUGUGGUCGACCAGAGAAAGAAGUCAAAUUGAACUUUUGAGGGGAAUUGAAGCUCGGCCAUGGGAUGAGGCAUUUGAGGAAGAAGCACGUGGCUUCUGUGGAGAUUUUGAGAGAGUUUGUGGUCGUGGUCAGUGCUUCCAGAUAUCAAGCCGUAUUGAUCCAUAUGAAAGCUUGACGCUCAGUAUUUCUGAUGAUUCUACGUGUAUUUAUGCAACUGGCAAGAAGACUACAUAUGAAGGCGUAACCUACACAGAUUACGGAAUCCCGCGAUAGGUUUUUUUCCAGGAGGAGAAAAAACUAAAUUUUUAACAAUGUAAGAAGUUUCUGGAAAAAAAAAAUUGAAGCAAAUAAAUUGUGACCAUCA